GCUGGCAUGAAAUAAAGCUUUCUUACUAUGGCUUGAUUUCUUUCCUUACUUACAAAAGAGUGCUUAGUUUUCUUUGAUUGUGAUAUCCGUCAAAAUUCGUUUAUUUACACUUUAUUGUACGAAUAUUCAAAGUGAUCCCUUUCUGCUAAAUGGAAGUAUAGAAAUAAUAUAUAAUGGCAAUAAUUGUUUAGCCAGCGUUUGUACAUAGGUUUCGCACAAUGAACGAAGGCGCGGGGGAUUGGAUUUGUAGUGAUCCGAGUUGUGGUAAUAUAAAUUUUGCGCGACGAGUGUCAUGUUAUCGUUGUAAUAAAGACAGACCCGAUGGAGGGAAAAUGUUUAAAAAGAAACUUGGCACGGAAAUUGGAAAGUCGGCAGCAGAAAAGUCUCGCGGCUUAUUUAACGCCGAUGAUUGGCAGUGUAACAAAUGUGCGAAUGUAAACUGGGCCCGGCGCACGACGUGCAACGUUUGCAAUGCUCCGAAGUUCGGUGAAGUGGAGGCCCGAACCGGCUACGGCGGUGGAUACAAUGAGCGCGGAGUGGUCGAGUAUCGGCGCAGAGAGCCUUCUUCUGAUGACGAGUAUGAUGAAUUUGGAAGAAAAAAGAGGAAACGCAAAUUAGACACGCAGAAUACGGUCGGCAUCACUGAAGGACCUCUAGCCAAAAAAUUGCCACCAGCAUUGCUGCAGAUGGAACUAAACAAGGAUGCAAAGGAAGCUCCUGCACCUAUUCUCUCCACACAGAUUAACAGAGAUGCUGAAAAAUCUCGGCGCACUCUCAGUGAGAGUUCCAUGUGUGAUCUACCUCCACUUAGCAAAAUGGCAUUUCGAAGGCAUCAACUUGACGCUCAUAGCAAAUAUAAUGGACAAGAUCACAUGUUACCAUCAUAUAAGACCAAUGGAACUUAUUUGCGCAAAAGAUUUACUGAACAAGACUCAUUAAAUAAUAAAAUUGCCUCAAAAAUUCUUAAACAGGAGAUAAACAAUGGCCUCACCACUAAGACUACUGAUCACAAUAAGCCUCUAAAGGUAUUCAAACCUUUGAAAAAUGAUGUUGUACAUAAGUUUACUGCACACAAUCCAACAGAGAAUGUUGAAGUUACAUAUUCUAUAGAAGAGAGAGCAAGAGUAGCCGCUUAUGCCAUUGUGCACAAUAAUUGCAAAAUAACCACUGACAAGUUUGAAUCAAUAUAUGGUAAACCAGCCCCAGAUUUUAAAACAAUUUUUGAUUGGAGGCAAAGGCUUUUGAAGACAGGUUGCUUAGAUGACUCUCACAUGCAUUCUGAAAAUCAAAUGGAAAAGAAAAAUAAAUGUGAAUCACCACAUUCAAAAAGUCAACAGUCUGUAGCUCAAGCUAAUCCAGAAGAGAUACCCAUUAGUUCAGACAGUGAAACUGAAAAUACAAAAACAAAUCAAAUCCCAGCUAACUUGAUUCCUAAGAAUAUUGUACGCAGUACUAGUGCCGAGACUCUAGUUCUUUUCAAUACACAAAAGUCAUUGGGAAAUCAAUGUAUUACUGGUCCAGAGCAAGCUGUGAUGACAAGAAAUCAUUCAUCACCACACUGCCGAGCUAGCUCCCUUGAUUCUCAAGACUCUCUGUAUGUGGACAGUGAUUUGGAAAAAGCUGAUACCAAUUCUUCUAAAUCAAAAACAACCCCUGUUACCUCUAAUGGUCAUAAAAACAAACAAUCAACAGGUGUGUCAGAUUCGGAUUCAGUUUCUUAUGAUAGUGAUUAUGUUGAUUUUUUGUCCCGUGUCUAUGGGGAAGGUAAACCCAAAUCUAGAAUGAACAAAAGACAACCCCCGUUGGGAACUGGAACUAAAACGGGCUGUGAGUCAUUAUCGAAUGGCAAUCAAAUCUUUCAAGGAUACUCUACUGUCAACAAAUCGGAACAGUCACCACUAGCAACAGGGAAUAUUUACACAUCAAGUAUGCAAAAUAUGCGAGCAAAAAGGAAUGUCAAUUUUAUUGACACAGAUGGUGGAUCAGCUGAGUAUGUGCCUACUAAACUUGGGUCUUCAACUAAAAAUAACUACCAAGAUUUCAAAAAUAAUGUUAAGAAAAAAGGGUUUUGGGCAAAGGGGAACCAUGCAACAGUCAAUAAAAUCAAGCAAACACCACAGGACACAUCAGUAAAAACAAACACCAAAUCAGUCAGUAACAUCAGUCAAUCUGUCAAUGAACACCAAAUUGAUAAAAUAUUUGCUGUAUUGCAAAAUAACGCGGCCAACAUUCCUCUUCUCAAUUCUAAGGACGACAGCAGUACAAUAGCUUUUACAAGUAAUCCUCCCGACUGUGUUCCUUAUCAAUCACCAUAUAGAACAGAGCCACAGGUCGCGGAUCCUCAGGGUGAUGACUUCACAAAUGAUGAUUUUGAGCAAAUAGUCACUGCUGAUAAUUAUACUCCAUUUGAUGCCCCCAUGCAAUCGAAAGACUCGUCUGCGAUGUCGGAAAACUCGUCUCGUGUUUUCGACGUCGUGCAGUCUGAUUCGGCACAAAAAAAUAAAAGUAUAAUGGAAAUAUUUGACGUGUUUGAUGAUCAUUCCAACCAUGAACCAAAUAGUCUAGAAACCAAUAGUGUAAAACCGUACACUAUGGUAUGGGAUGAAGACGACGAUGCUCUGUACAAGGAUGAUGAUGAAGCUGGGGAUCCCAAUACCAGCGGUUUGAACCCUGCCCCUAAUCAAUUGAUAGACAAAGCUAACAAGUUGGAAUUGGACCAAAGUCAACUUAUCCAGGAUGUGACGAAAAGUUCUCAUCUGACUCCAAGAUCAUAUGAACAGGAAGUACUAUCCGAUGGAGAUUUAUUUACAAAGAAUUUGAUGGCACUAAGUUCUUCCUAUCAAAAGGAGGACACAAAAAAACUAUUGAACCAGGUGAUACAGCCAAAUAUUGCUAACAAAGAAAUUAUUUUUCCUAUACAAAAUCGAACGUUAGAAAAUACGGAGUCACCUGAACGUAAAUUAGCCAAGAAAAUCAAUAUCAUUGAGUCUAUAACAAUUAAACCUAAAACAAGUUAUCAGAGUCACUCCUUAAUCGUAGAAAACAAAACCCAACCAAUCAGUGGAUGUGAGCCACAAGAAAAUAAAUCGCCAAUAAAAAAUAGUACUGAUGACAGCACUACAUCAAUGCAGCCAAGUGUAAAUCUAUCAAAUUUAUUGGCGGGUAUAAAUACAGAUACACUUUUGUUAGCUCUUCAAAACUUGCAACAGUUAGGGCAGAAGGCGCCUGCUCACGCGAGCCCGCAGCAGGCGGCGGGCGAGCAGGAAGGCGCCGCCGUCGAGACUAUCAACUUAACCAAUGACGAAGACUGGGAAAAGGAGUCUGAUCGAGAAGGGAGCAUUGAGAAGCAACUCAAAAAACUGCACGGAAGUACUGGUGACACUCCUUUUUUAAGCGAUAUUUUUGAUCCAGGCCCAGUAGUGAUACCGCCUAAUGUUGCAAAAAAGUUAAAUAUUAAUGGAGAUGACACAUUACCUGAAACACAAGAAAGUACAUCGGUUAUAGGAAAUUUCAAGAGUUUUGCUUUACCAAAACCGAUUAUGUUAAAUAGGCUCAAAUUAGCUAUUAAACAACCAGACAAGACUCCGAAACAGUCCAUCAAUGGGGGAAAGAGAAGACGAAAAAAGAAGAGUAAAGCGACGGCGUCCGGCGAGGGCGAGGGCGAGGGGGAGGGGGAGGGCGGGGCGGACGACGGCGACGAGGAGGAGUCGGGCGACGACGCCGACCUCUCCAAGUACGACUUGUGGGGCAGCGACGACGAGAAGGCCGACUCCUCUAAAACAGAAACUACUGACAAACCUAAAGACGGGAACGGAACAGAAACCGAAGCAGACGGGGCGGAGAAAAAUGGCAAAUCUGAGACACAGGAAAAUAAAGCUGCUAAACGAAGAUCUCGGAGUUCGUCCUCGUCGUCGAGCUCGUCCUCCAGCUCGAGCUCCAGCCGCAGCUCCGCGGACGCUCCCAAAAACAAGUUCGACGACUUCAACCUGAACAGCGAGCGCGAGUCGCCGCAGGGCUCGCCGCCGGGGCGUCGCUCGCGCUCGCCGCACGCGCGCGGCUCGGCCUCCGGCUCCGGCUCCCGGCGCAAGACGCACUCGCGAGACUCCAGAAGUCAUGAGUCGGGACGCGACAAGAAGUCGCGGUCCCGCCGCGGCAGCCGGUCUCGCUCGCGCUCGCGGCCCGCGCGCAAGGAGCGCCGCUACAGCCGCGACGGCGCCUCCUCGCACUACCCCGCGCGCGGGAGACACCGCUAAAUCAUUUAUUAUUACAUACAUGUGCCCGCCAUAAGUACACAUUUUAUUUUGUAAAACAUUAUACCCAGUUGCGUACGAGUGAACGCUGCGAACGGGACGUGCCGUAUUUCUGGAGCGGCGUGUAUCCGUAUUGGACAUAAAGAUCGCCGUAGCAUUAGGUAAAUCUAAUUAAGCUAAAUAAGUACUUCUAAGUUGUGUACUACCGAGUAUAUUAUUAACUCUCAAUCGUUCGCUAUAUUGCAUUUGAGGCAGUUUGCCGUGUGUUUGUUUUAUUUUGCUCCUACACUGGUAGUUAUAAGUUAGUACUAUGGCGUCCUUGCCACGCGGUGUUAUAUAACUGCAGUGUUGGAGCACUAUUAAGUAUGAUUAUCAAAUGAAGGCAUGUUUACAAAAACAACAUAACUACACUAGACAUGAAUUUACAGGAAACGAAAAAAACUAAAUGUCUUCUUAUAUAUUAGCUAUUGGACAUAAACGUUAUAUACGUUAUUUAAGUAAGUGGCCAUUAGUUCCGAAACACACGAUUACACAUCUCAAAGACAAUUAUUUUUGGAAAAAAUAUGAAAAAUAAGUUCGUCAGUUAUGCUGUUUUUGUAAAAUUUUGUUAGUUAUGUUCUUUUUGUUAGAAAAUAAAACAAGUUUCUAUAGAAAUUAUGUUUUGUAUUCUAUCAUUUAUCUUACUAAACUAGUGGAUCUACUUUAAUCUUCACAUCCGCUGCUGUUGUCAUCGUUAUCUACCUCCAGAGACGACGAUUCUUGACACGUAUUAUACAAAAUUGAUUGGUAGAAUUGAUGGCUCGAUGGUUUGACCAAAAACUGCAUCAAUUUUCUCAAGUCGCCUACUUUGUGAGGAUUAAGGGGAAGUGAAGACACAUAAGCACGUUUUAAAUUGAUGUUCUUGGGCACUUUCUUCCUAUUUCUUAUAUCAAUAGUAACCCAAGGUAACCUAAACCGUUACCUAAAUUAAAAAGAGUUUGUAUAUAUUUUAUUGAAAAUUAAGUUUUUUACGUGAACGAUAUACAGUUAUGUUCUUUUUGUAAAAAACAAUGUAGAUAUGUAGUUUUUGCAAAAUGGGUAUAUUUUUGGGGACUGAGUGUGGACAAUUGGGGUCAUUUUUGGACACUAUCUUUUGCUCUACGUAUAGAUCCUGCUUAGACGAAUGCUAUGAUACCAAAAACUCAAAUUCGCAAAAAAUGUUAGUUAUGUUGUUUUUGUAAACAUGCCUUCAAAUCUGCUACACACAGCAGAAGUUCUUAUCCUUUUUAACAUCGAUACUUUAUCUUGUACUUUAUUUUGUACAAGUACAUUUUCAUUUUUAUAGACUAUUGUGAAAGACGUUACGUUAUAGUUCCUGUAUCGGAAAAGCUUUGGGUUUAAAACUUUUUAUUUGGCAUUGUACAUCCUGGAAAAAUGAGCAGAAAUUAAAAAGUGACAAUGCCGUUUUCUUGCACAUAUUGAUUUGAAACAGACAAUACUACAAUGUUGCCACUUUUUAAUUUAAUUUUUCUACCAGACUGAAUCUCGGGGCAUAAUAUUAGGCGAUUUGUAUACCAAGUUUUUCAAUCAAAAUCAUUACAAUUAUUGACCGUCUAGGAGGCACUAAGUCACGUAACUUAGCUUAGUUAACUUGUACAUCUUGAUUAGGUGGCUCGCGUUACUGAAUACUGGUUAGGAACUUGUCUUAUCAUAAUAAAACUCUUAAUGUUAAUAAUCGUCUUUGCAGCACUUAUCACACUGGAUCCGGGCAUCGCACUUCGCUUCGAUGUUUGAGCGAUACGACAGUUUGCGCGGUUUAUAGCGACAUGCGUGGGCGUCACAACGGAGCGACGUGCGAAUCGCAUGGUGUGAUAAGCGCUUAUCGUGUGGAGAGCUUUUUUGUGUCUUGUGGCAGCAGCCAUUUUAGAAAGAUUGAUUUGAAUAAAAUAUUAUAUUAUUUACUUUUCUAAGAUCGAUAGUAUGGUUAGGUACAACAGUUGUAAUUCGCAUUUUCCGUAGUAAAACAUGGUUGCUCGUUUAACCCGAUAGUUCUUUACAUAGUUGUACAGAUUUUUCAUGUCGAGGUAGUGGCGCGUCCACUUAUCUUUUAAGCUCAAUCUCGUUUAUUGGAUAUUUUGUAAAUCUGCUCCGAGUAUUUAGCUCUCAAUAAACGAAGUUAUUCAAU